AUGGGAAAUCCAGAAAGUGGCUCUCGGAGCUCUAAUUCAGUUGCCGUCAGAACUGUUCGGAAUAUUUUAUUAAAUCCAAAUUCAAGUGUACAACAACAUAUCGAUGCAAUUAAUGAACAUGGUGUACAUAUAUAUAAAACGACAAUAAAAGUUCUGGACGACUUUAAUAUUUCACUUUCUGCGGCCAUAAAGGCUAGAAGUGUAGUUGCGCUAUGGGCAACUAAGAAUUACGUUAUUGUCGACGAACUCUUGUCUAAAAUGCUUCCCGCUGAUGUUUUCAAAACUUGCCAAAUUUUGGACAUGCCAAGAAAGGCAAGGCAACUUCAAAAAAAACUUGAUUUUUGGGAAAGCAAAAAUUUCAACGUCAGAUCUGGAAAAAAGAGCAAAAUUCAGUCCGAGAUUAAUAACUACAGACAAGAGCACCAUUCUGCCUCAUUGACAAGCUCUUUUCAGCGUAGAAUUAAAAAGUGGGCAUCAUCUUUUUCACCUAAAAACUUGGAUUUUUUCCUCUUGAGUUUUCCUAAAGAACCAUGGAAAGAAUUAGCUGAUCUUGCUCACCUGAAAGCCUCUGAUUUUCAAGCACCUUAUUUUUUGCCGAUGAUUUAUGGCGGCGAACCACCAGCCGAUAGUCCCAUUUAUUCAUUUAUGAAUAUAACUACUGAAAAUCUUGAAACAGUUUUAGUCAAUCAUCCACAAUUCUCUGAAUAUUAUUCUUAUAUUAGACAAAAAGUAAAUAAUUCCAGUGAUUUCGUUCUGAACGAUGUUCAUAAAGCAAUUUUAGCUCAGACUGCACCUUUAGAAGAUGUUUUAUGGUAUUACGAAGAGCUAGCUUGUAAUGGAACUGAUCAAGCCAUUGUGACUAGAUUGGAUGAACAUGAACCUCUCUUAUCAAUACAUGGUCGUUCGAAUUAUUCAAAACUUAUGGAGCGGAUUCUCACUUUUCGUGAGCUUCGUACACCAUUUGCUAAUCACGAUCAACUUAUUACGUAUGCCGAGGAAAAAUUGAAAUCAAUAGAAAUUCCAGGAGGGGACCAGCAUACGGUUGCUGUGUUCGGCGAUUGUUCUGGUUCAAUGCAAGUGGCAGUUAAAGUUGCCACCAUUAUCGGAUCGUUACUUUCAGUCUGUCUUAAAGCCGACCUGACUUUCUUCAAUGCUGUCAUCGUUGAACCGCCUAAUGUUCCAUGUAAUGCUUCUGACGUGCUUACUGUUGCUGCAACUAUAAGAGCAGCUGGCGCAACGUCCCCGGCCGCUACAUUAUAUCCAUAUUAUGAAAAUAGAAAACGUUGUGAUAUUUUUAUAGUUGUAACAGAUGAAGAGGAAAAUACUCGCUUUAACGGUUACUUGUUUGCCGACCUCUUCAAAAAAUAUCGCGAGGAUGUUGUUCCUCACGCUCAGGUGUUCCUGGUGAGCUUUCUGAAGGGAACUAACGAAGGACAUAUGAAAAGAAAUUUAGAAAAUAUCGGAAUUACCAACGUACGACAGUUUAGAUUGGAUGGUGCUAGACCAGAUUUAAGUAAAUUCAGUGAGUUACUGGGGGUUUUGACUUUAUCAUUGGCAGAAGUGCAAAAUGCCAAGGAAUAA